AGUCCACCCCUGGGGCGCGCGGCUGUCACCCAGGGCGGGGCGGCGCGGGCGUUGCCACGACGCGGGCCGCGCGCGUCCCUGGCAGCCAACCAGUCCACGUCAAGGUUUGUUUAAUAAUCGCCAGAGUAUUUAUGGCCGGGCUCAGGCGGCUGCUGGGGAGCCAGGAGACCUCGCGGGGCGGCGGAUGAGGCGCGGCGGCUGCGGCCCAGGGCACCUACCCCCCGGCUUCCCGAACCCGGCCAGGUCCGACCCGAGGGGGAGGAUGGAAACACCUGCUGCCCUCUGAGCCGCCCAGAAGAGAACACCCUUCCCGCCAUAUCACCCCACGGUCCUGCGGAGGCCACCGCCUGGUCCCCCCAAGUCUCCAUCACGCAGCGCGGGGCCGAACGGAAUAGUGAGCGAUGGCGGAAAACCUGAAAAGACUGGUCUCAAACGAACCUUUACGAACUUUGCAGGAAAAGCUAGACUUCUGGCUGAAGGAGUACAACAGAAACACGUGUGAUCAAAAUCUAAACCAUUGCCUUGAACUCAUUGAGCAAGUUGCCAAGGUACAGGGACAACUCUUUGGGAUCCUCACAACAGCAGCCCAAGAAGGAGGACGUAAUGAUGGUGUGGAAACAAUCAAGUCACGCCUUUUGCCUUGGCUGGAGGCUUCCUUUACUGCUGCUUCCCUGGGAAAAUCUGUUGACAGCAAGGUCCCCUCUCUGCAGGACACAUUUGAUAGGGAGAGACGUAAAGAUCCCAGUCCUCGGGAUCGCGAUGUGCAACAGUUAGACCCUAAUUUGAACUCAACCAGGAGUCAACUCAACCAGGUUCAAGACGAUCUGGCUGAAACUGAAAAGAAUCUUGAAGAAACCAAGAACAGAUCGGCCAUAUCCCUUUUGGCUGCAGAGGAGGAAAUAAAUCAGCUAAAAAAGCAGCUUAAAUCACUUCAAGCUCAGGAGGAUGCCCGCCACAGAAACACAGAUCAGAGGAGCUCAGAGAAUAGGCAGUCAGAGCCUCAGAGCUCGGAGGAGCGGAAGUUUGAGCAGUGGAACUCACUCAAGCAGAAUGCCGACCAGCGGGACACAGACGCCAUGUCCGAUUAUAAGAAACAGCUCCGAAACCUGAAGGAGGAGAUAGCUGUUCUGUCUGCUGAGAAAUGUGCACUCCAAGGAAGGUCCUCCAGGAGCCGGUCUCCCAGCCCUGCCCCUCGCAGCCGUAGCUGCAGCCGCAGCAGAUCUGCCAGCCCCUCCACCGCUGUCAAGGUCAGGAGCCCGUCCCCAAACCGCUCCAAGCUGUCCAAUGUGGCGCGCAAGGCUGCCCUCUUGUCCCGGUUCAGCGAUUCCUAUUCCCAGGCCCGCCUGGACGCGCAGUGCCUGCUGCGGCGCUGCAUUGAAAAGGCUGAGACCGUUCAGCGGAUCAUCUACAUCGCCACAGUGGAGGCAUUCCAUGUAGCAAAAAUGGCAUUCAGACACUUCAAGAUCCGUGUGAGAAAAUCGUUGACACCAUCUUACGUGGGGUCGAAUGACUUUGAGAAUGCUGUCUCGGAUUAUGUCAUUUGUCAUCUUGAUCUAUAUGAUUCUCAAAGCAGUGUCAAUGAUGUGAUCCGAGCCAUGAAUGUCAAUCCCAAGAUUUCAUUCCCUCCUGUCGUUGACUUUUGCCUUCUCAGUGACUUCAUCCAGGAGAUAUGUUGCAUUGCCUUUGCAAUGCAGGCCUUAGAACCACCCCUAGAUAUUGCAUAUGGGGCAGAUGGAGAAGUUUUUAAUGAUUGCAAAUACCGCCGCAGCUACGACUCGGAUUUCACUGCUCCCUUAGUCCUCUAUCACGUGUGGCCUGCUCUCAUGGAGAAUGACUGUGUCAUUAUGAAGGGAGAAGCUGUCACCAGGAGAGGGGCUUUUUGGAAUUCCGUGCGAUCUCUAAGUCGAUGUCGAAGCAGGAGUUUAAGUCCCAUUUGCCCACGUAGCCAAAUUGGUUUGAACAUGAUGUCUCGAAGUCGGAGUCCUUCUCCAAUAAGAUGUGGAUUGCCAAGAUUUUAAAACCACCAGACCUGCUCCUUUGCCCCAGUGCAUGGAAACAGCUGCCUUCUCCAGUGCCUCCAUCUGCCUUCUGUGUCUGCCUCAGACCUCACUUAAGAUAAUGUCAAAAGGCAAUUCUGUGUAUCGCCCCACACAGAGAGUUAAAUGUUUUGGCUUGGCACAUUUGUAACUUUAGAUAUAUUGCAUUCUAUUUUAUUUUAUAGAUACUAAUUCCAUUAAUUUCAUAAAAAUGAUUGUAUAGGCAUUUAGGAUCAUAUUCAUUCGAAGUAAAGUCCGUUACAAAGGUUCAGGAUUUCCAUCUCAAAACACUAGGCUCUUUUAUGGGAACUAUGUGAACUGAAGUGGAAGGCAUUUACCAUGCUGAGGCUAAAAGAAAAGAUGAACCAUUUUAGUUUGCAGAUGGAUCGUAAAUAUAAUUGUUGGUAUCAGCUUUAGCUCAAAACCAAUAUUAGGUGUUUUAAUUUCCUCUUAAGGUUUGGAAGACAGCCCUCAUCUCAGGUUGGGGAGCUCAUGUUAGUAGCAGUGACUUAAGGCUAAGUGUAGAAGAUAAUUUAAGAUAUAUUUUCUUUAUAUAUUAGCCAACAAAUCAUAUUUAUUGGUUGGCUUGCUUUUCUGUUCUCAUUUUGAGAGUGCCCAGUUUGGUUUAGUUGAGUGAUGAAUGUCAAAGCUACUUAGUUUAGAGAAUUUCCUUGUUCCAUAAAUGUAGAGCAGUGAUUUGAUUAGAAGCCAGCUUUGAGAUAAAUGUUAAUUACCUCAUGCCUAUCUCCUGGGAAUAUUUCAAACUGUUUUAAUGCAUGUGUUAUAUAUAAAAGUUUCUUGGGACAUGCUCUUCACCUGUUCUACCUAGUUAUUUGCAAAUUCAGACCUCCUAUUGAACUCUGUCUGACCAAAACUCCUUAAACUCAAGGCCCAAAAGUAGGGGCACCAUUUACUGAUUUUAAAUUGAGUAUAUAUCCCUUGACUUCUUCACUGUCAAAUAUUUUUGAAACUUCACGUUCAAGAUAAGAAUGGAGUGUUGCUUUCUUGCAAUAAGUAAUGUUCUUUCUGCCUUUUUUGCACUCUUAAGUCAGCCUUAAACACACGCCUCACAAACAUCUACUUUCUCCAUAUACCUUUGAGAGAGACACUGAAUUGGCCUCAGCUCAGUUUUGCAUAAGCUCAGUGCCAGAACCAGCACCUGAUGCUUUUCAGGUGAAAAUAAAACAAACAGCUUCUCUAAAGCAUCUUACCCCUGUGCUGGAGGUUUGGGGGACCUCUUCAGUGCCUGCCCCUUGGGUCUAAUGGUGACCACCUCAUUCUGAAGUAUGAGUUGAAUUUUUUGCCCUCUUUGCACAUUUGCAUAGUCAUCACUUUGAAGCAAUGCAGUGUGCUGGAAGAAGCACUGUCUGCCUAGGUAACUGCUAGCCAUGUUGGUCAUCAGCUUGCUUUGUGGCAUUGAGCAAGUUACUUCACUUCUCUGAGCCUCGGUUUUAUCAUAGGGUGAGGAGGUUGGAUACAAUUAGUGCCCCUCUUAACCCUGCAGACUCAAUGUUCCCUUUUAUAACAAGUAUUUCAUUCUGAAUAUGAAAUGAAAAUUAAAGUUAAUAUAAUCAUCUAUGUGCACAUACAAUUUUAAGCAGUGAACAUAGUACCCUAACUAUAAUAUAAAGCAGAAAAAAAGGCAACUUUUAAUAAAAUAAAAUUUAUUUCAAUAAAAAAGCUUGGGUAUAACCACCCUAGAAGAUAAAGUUAACUCAUUAGAUGGCUGAACCUGCAUGUAGAGCCACCAGCUACAAAUGAAAAUCAAUGUGUGUACUGGCAACAGAAAAUCAUGGUGUUAUCAUUGGAUGUGACUUUCUGAAGUGGUGGGCAACUCUCGUUAAUGUUUUAAACAAAAAAACCUUACAGUCUUGCCCUGAUUUACACAGCAGUCGCAUUCCUGGAAAAUUCAAGUGUUUAUUAAAACCAUGCAACAGUUACUGUGUGUUAUACGUUGAAAGGUCUUCAUUAAUAUCUCACUAAGUAGCGAGAAUGCCUACAUAUCAGAAUUUUUUUUUCAGGAGCCAAGCACAUAUACUGGUUUGGAAAAAGGCACAGGUAGCUCAGUUUAUUUGCUUUCUACCCUGCCUGGCCACUUGCUGUUUCUUAAGUUUCUAAUUUGAGCUGUGACUACACAAGGAAAGCUAAAUAGUCUGGAAAAUUUUUGGAAAGAAUCCACAAAGCCAAAGGAGACUGGCCUAUACUCAUUUUAUCUGGGGAUGUACCUUACCCUUAGAAACUUUGAAAAAUGAAAAGUUCUUAUUUUGUAACCUGGGUAAAUGUUAGUUUCUAAAUUUUCGACUUAACAUCUAAUAAUAACAUUUAAAAAGUGCUUUUGUAACUAUUAGUUAUUUGCAAUAAAAUGCUUUCCUUCCACAGUC